UCACCGAAAAAGAGAUUAGACAAUGGCACAAAGGUUUUCUAAAAGACUGUCCGAAUGGUUUACUCACCGAACAAGGUUUUAUAAAAAUCUACAAACAGUUCUUUCCCCAAGGUGAUCCCAGUAAAUUUGCCUCAUUAGUAUUUCGGGUAUUUGAUGAAAAUAAUGAUGGAGCGAUAGAAUUCGAAGAGUUCAUUAGAGCACUGUCGAUUACAUCCAGAGGAAAUCUUGAUGAGAAGUUGCAAUGGGCUUUUCGGUUGUACGAUGUCGAUAAUGAUGGCUAUAUCACAAGAGAGGAAAUGUACAAUAUUGUGGAUGCCAUCUAUCAAAUGGUGGGUCAGACGCCACAAACGGAUGAUGAGAAUACACCGCAAAAACGAGUGGAUAAAAUCUUUGAUCAAAUGGAUAAAAAUCACGAUGAUCGCUUGACAUUAGAGGAAUUCCGUGAGGGUAGUAAAGCUGAUCCACGUAUAGUUCAGGCGUUAAGUUUAGGUGGUGAUUAACCAAAAGAGUCAUAGUUUAAUUAAGCAAGAUAAUUAAACUGAUU